UUUAAAACCCGGAAUAAUAACACCAACUCAGAUUUGAGAUCCAGACUCAGGAAAGUUGCAGAACACGUUUAGAGCUUCAUUCAAUCCACAAAUAGCUUCACUGUAGGGUAUGUUUUCUAAGAAGCAGUGAUGAAGUCGGCUCUGCUUCACGUAUCGGUGCCUUUCGUGCUCUGUGUCGCCUGGGCGAACACCAGCCUGUUCGACGAAGUUGAGGUGGACUUGUCUUCUGACCAUUAUGCAGAGAAAAUGGUUGAUUGCCUGCCGGGUUUCCUGGCAAUGCCCUGUAACUGUCUGGUUAACCUGGCUUAUAUCUUCAUGGGACUGUACUGGCUUCUGUGGCACGGAGACGUCCAAGAGACGUCCCAGAGCCGGUACCUGAGAGAGGUGUUCGCCUUCAUGGCUGUCUUGUACGGUCCUGUGCAGUGGACGCGCCUGGCGAUGCUGCGGCGCUCUCCCGCCGUGCUCGACCAGUGGUUCACCUUACCGAUCUUCGCGUGGGUUCCGGUGUGGAUCAGCUUUAUAGAAGGGGGGUCAACAAAGUGGCGAGUGAAACACGCGGGAAUGCACCAACUGUUCUCUAUCCUCAGCUACGGCCUGGCGCUGGCGCACGAGCGGGGCUUCGAGGUUGCUCUUGGCUGUCACGUCGCCCUCGCGGUGUUCAAGGGAGUUCGCGUGCAGCUGGCACACGGUGACGGACGCACGCGGGGAUAUCUGCUGCUGGCGGUGCUGUCAUGUGUUGGGUUCGUGGUGCUGAAGCUGCUGGAUCACUGGCUCACUCGGUACCGGCUCUUCCAGCGGCUCACCGGACACUUCUGGUCCAAAGUGUGCGACGUGCUGCAGUUCCACUUCAGCUUCUGUUUCCUGACCACUCUGACACAGAGGGCACAGGGGAAGACCGCAGCACAGCACGAGUGAGAAGGAGCGCUGGCGGGCUCGUAGAAGAACUUUCAUCUCAGAUACAGAAUGUUGUUGGACUAUCAAGCCGGCCUGGUAGAUGUUGUAGCAGUUUAGUGGGUUAUUACACCGCCAAAUAAAUAAAUCUUAUUCUGUCUUGAUACAUAUGAUACAUAUAACAUCCGUGUCCAACUAUUCACAUAGGAAUAAAAAAGGGAAAGAAAACUAAAACACAGAUGUAAUCCAACAUGGACAUAUGAAGACAAAAAUAUAAAAUACAGUGAAAAAUAUAGCAUAUAGGCUACCAAAUCCAUACCACUGAAGCAUGGAACACUAAAGUUAAAAUAAGUGACACAGUAGUUCUAACACAGCCCCAACUCAUGAUUACACAGACCACUGAGUGACGAGAUAUGACUCAUUAUGCAAAUUAGGAAAUAAUUAUGCAUAUACUUAAAUAUAAGAUAAAUUCACCAAUCUCACCUCUUUCCAUUUUCUAUAAUAACAUGUCGUUAUGCCUGUAUUUGCAGAGUAUCUGACAUCAUCUGGUAAACUCUUCCACAUCUUGGCCCCCACACACUGAAAGGAUUUAGAUCCAAAAUACAAAGAAAGGCAUAUGUUUUGACUGUCUAUUGUAUAUGUUUGCUGGUUUAUACACAUUUAACAAUAAAUCAAUAUUUAAAAUGCUUUAUACUUCAAUUAGUUAUUUUCUUGUAAUUAAAAAUGCAUCUUAUUUUGUACAAUUUUAUAGAUUAUACCAACACAAGUGUUGUUGCUUAUCAUGGUGAUAGAAAGUAGACAAACAUCUCAUCUGUUGCAUCUGUUCUCAAUUUGUGGUUGAAUUUAGUUUUGUUGCAAAACAAUGCCUGAUCGAUGAAAAGGGACAUUCACUAGCAAAUGCUGCUAUGUCAAGUCAAAUAUUGUGAUGUUUCUGGGAUUUGGAGAUGGAGAGUUAGAAUUAGUUUUUCAGACAUGAUCGACAUGGAAGUGAUACAUUUACAUCAUUUAGUCAUGUGACUUUCAGAUAUCUCACAAAUUAAAUGUAAAAUAAUUCAUGUGAAAACAAAUUUAACAUAUAAUAUUCUAUGUGCAAUGAUGUUUCAUAUGCGAUUAUUUGAUGAAUAGGAACUUUUGGGCCAGCAAAAUUAAAUAAGUAUAUAAAGUAUUUAAUGUUUCCUGACAGUAGUUUGAAACUGCAUGUUUACCUUCAAGUUGGGAAAUAUAAUCCAAAUAAUUAACAAAGAAAUAGGGUCGGGUUUGCACUAAGGGGACUGGACAUGUAUACUUUUUCUAAAAUCCAGUCUGAUGAACUGAACUGCUUAAAUUUCACGCUGGCACACAAGAUCCUGUAAAUCUUACAUCUGGUUAAACACCACUGACCAUCUUGUCAGUUCUCCAAUGAAUUGCUGUUAACCACAUAAUACCUUUUCAGUCUUCUGUCAGACAUUCAGAUAUCAUACAUGUAUGUUUUCAUCAGUAUUAUCAACAUUUUCUUUCUAAUUAAAAGUCACUGAUCAAUUUGA